CUUCCACUCGCUCCAGUCCAGUCUCUCCCAUCUGGCCCUCUCCUCCUCCUCCUCCUCCUCCUUCUCCUACCGCUCUCACCACCGACUUUCUUGCGCUCACCUGUCGCUGGACAUCCAUGCUGUCUCUGCAGUGGCUGAAGUCAUGAGAAUCACUUCUUUUCCAAAGAGACACUGUGGAUUCCGCCCAUUCCUUCGCAGAUUAACCUAGCACCACGCUCGCCGCUGCGCCAGCCAUCUCGACGCCCCUAGUUGUCCUCUCAACCACCGCGUCGCAUUUUUCCUCCCCUAGUCGGAACACCCUCAUCUCUUCAGCUUCUGGCCAGCUCUUGACAAUUGAGCACCAGCAGGGCUCUUGGGGGCACUACAUUGUGCUGUCACCCUCUCUCAGAGCUCGCUCUCGGAUCUGUCGUCCCUCGGCCCGGCACCACCAUCUUCUCUCCUGCAGACCCGACACCCUUUGCUGGAGAGCACCCUGCCUCGAGAACCGAGUAUUCUGUUGAGCCCGACAGAUAUCUGGGUACAUCUCUACACUGCUAUCCUUCGGCUUCAGUAUUUUGAGCCCUACUGGCGGAAUCACAUCACGGCAGACUGUGUCGCGCUUCGCCCAUUUUUGCACCAACGGUGGUGCGAACAUUGCCUCGACCUUUCCACCCAUCUUGGCCGAAUCGUCCACAGAAACGUCGACAAACUCGAACAUUCUCGUAAUCACCCGAUCUCGACGUCUACAUAACUAUUCGAUACGAGACUUGAACUUUCAGAAAUCCUGUCGGUCAGCCUCGGUCGUCAGAUCUCGUGUCGCUAGGGCAUCCCCGAUUAAGCGCCGCUUGCCCACACACUCGCGCACCCCUUCGCGCACCCCUUCGCGCGCCCCUUCGCGCGCCCCUUACACCUGCGUACAGGCCUGCACCUCGAUUACACUCUCGCAUUUUUACUGCCCCUCUCGGAGCGGCUUCACGUGGCAAGCAAUGGCAGGACUCGAUCCCAGACGGUCUUCGAGGGCGCGCGCUACCCAGUCACAGUCACAAGUAUCCUCAUCGAGCUCCAGUGCCUCGGGGCGGCCGGAACGUAGCUCGAGGCACUUCAACAAAGCUGGCUCUCCACAAAAAUCGGCAUCCGCUGGGUCGCUGUCCUCCGAACCACCGGAAGAUACAAUCACUGCCGACGAUACAUUCGCCACACGCCGUCGAACCCGUGGACAGGUGGACGAUCGGGACAGAGCUGGCGUCAAGGCCGAAGCGGCCGACAUGACCAGCGCCGACGAUGAUGUUCAAGAAGAGGACGAGGCCGUUCGCUGCGUGUGCGGCAACGAGGAGUACCCAGGGCCACCACCCCUGGAAGAUGAACCUAGACAUGGGGCCAAGGGGGCUGUGGACGUUGACCCAAUAUUCUUAGCUUCUGUCACGGAUGAUGUUGCCGGGUUUUUCGUGCAGUGUGAUGUUUGCAAAGUUUGGCAGCACGGCGGCUGCGUUGGAAUCAUGACCAAUCCCGGUCCCGAUGAGUAUUUUUGCGAGCUCUGUCGCCGUGAUCUUCACAAAUUAUGGACAGCUUCCAACGGGAAUACCUACUCUUUCUAUCUUCCCUUGCGCCGACAAUCGAGGACCUCGUCGAGAUCUGCGUCUCUGAACAAAGAAGGCACACGAUCGCCCACCAAAGAGAAGGAAACGCGAAGCGGACGAGCCACCUCGGCGAACCAAGCUUCGAAACGGCGGUCGACUAUGAACAGCCGCGAGGCUGCUUAUGACGAAGCGGAAGCUCUGAGAAGGGCCAUUGAGGCCAGCAAAGAGGAAGCUCAUCUCGAGCCCGAGGGCGUUCCUAGGCGGCCUAAGAGGGGGCGAAGCGACAGCGAGGAGUACGUGCCGUUGGCUGCGGUCAGUAGCGUUGCUAACUUUGAUCAAAGGAAGCAGGAGGGUGCCAAAAGGCAACGCACCAGCUCUCGAUCAGUGUCUCCAUCCGUCGACAAGACGGCCGACGACUCGGACGAUCCCAAAGGUCCUAGUCGAAACGGGAACAAGUCAAAGCCGCGCGGCGGCGCACGCAAUAACCGGAACGAGAAGCUUUCCGAAAAGGAGGAAAAAGAAAGACAACGGCAAGAGGCCGCGAACAAGAGAAAGGGGAGGGCCGAACGUCGGCGAGCUGAUGAUUCAGAUCCUUCAGAAGAGCUGCCGUUGGCAGCUCGGGCCGUAGUCAGCAAGGCGGUAGCACCAGUCACCGGAGACACGAGCACAAGCGAGACGGUCGCAGAGACUGUCCAGCAGCCCUCCGCCCCAGAACAGCAGCAGCCUCCUCCAGCAUCGCAACCGACCCCUGACUCGCCGCCCACGCCUGCCAUAUCACAGGCCAAGACGGACAAGAAAAAGUCGCACAAACGAAAAGGGCGCAACCAGUACACGCGCGAUGACGAAGCCUCGCCGGCACGGUCGGUUUCCCGAGAUAUCCAGAAAGACGAGCAUCCUCCGACAGGAAAGGGGCACCACCACGGAGACGGCGUCGGAAAGGCGGCACACUCUCGAUCGCGAGGUGGGAUGAGCAGCAAAGUCACGAUGAAUGACAUGAAGAGGAGGGCAGCGGCUUUGCUGGAAUUUAUCUCCAGAACACAGGUGGAGCUUGCUGGAGAGACGGCAGAAGACGCAGCGAGGAAUGACGUGGCAAAGGCGGCUAUUGUCAAUCCCACUAGCGCACCUGCGGUAACGAAUGGCACAAACGGUAUCACCACCGAUGAUUCGACCCAGAACACAUCGACAACAGGGCCGACUUCGGCACUGGAGAGUCAAGAACGGGAGUUCAAAGAGCUUGGAUGUGUUGAAAUGAUGGACAGCCUGACGAGGCGGUUGGUCAAAUGGCAGCAAGAAUAUGCUGUAUAG